AUGGAGCGCGUGGAAGCCUUUGUCCAAAACAGCGCGCUAAAAGAAGCGCUCGAAAGGUCUACUGACUUGAUCGUCGUGGCACACUCGCAAGGCGUCCCCGUAGGAACGUUGCUUCUCGAACGCCUGCAUGCAGAGGGUGCUUUGACAGGGGUACAAAAUAUCACGCUUGUCGCGAUGGCUGGGAAGAAUAUCCUCAUACAGUACAUGGAAACAGAAAGUUCUCGUGAGCUCUUCGAACUGCAUGCGCCAUUUAUGGUUCCGUCAGUGACCGGUUCCGAUGAUAGCCAGGUGCCCAAAAUUGUGUCCAAGUCUCCCGCUACCGAAAUGGCCGCGCGUCUACGAGCUGCACUGCUCCGUUUGCUGCACGCGGGUGUAAGGGUGAUUGCAGUGGGGUCGUGGAUGGACCAACUGGUCCCACUAUACUCCUCUACGCUGUAUGGUCUCUUUCAUCCGAACAUCACUCGGCUACUUUACAUUGAGGGCAGUGGUGUGGCCCAUCACCAUUCUACUCAGUCGCAUGGCCACGAUCAUGUAAAAGAGAUCCAGGAACGGGAUUCGUUCCUGCCAUUAUUGCUUACACUCUGUCUUUCCAUCAAGAAUGCUGGAUUCUCAGACCAUGGCUUGCUAGUCUAUCUUUCAGAAUGGAUCGCAGGGUCUAUCGUCAAUGGAGAUAAUGGUCAUUCCUCCAUUUAUGCGGAUCCAUUGGUUUAUGAAAGCGCCGCCCAGAUCAUUGGGCAUUCACUUUGUUCAAAAAUGGAGGCUCCAAGGUAUGUGCCCUUCGAGGUUCCUGAAGAGCCGAAUCAUUACCAUGUGCCGUGGAUGAUGCACGCACUAGUAACAGAUUCAAAGUUGCUUGCCGUCCCGAUUAUUAGACAAGAAAUCGAUGCCAUGGUGUUAGCCUAUGCAUGUUGGCGACCCCGCAGCAAAGCGCUGCGAGACCUCAAGCGCAAAUUGGCAGCGCUCGGAACAUACGGACGUGCCAGUCUUUAA